AUGGACAAUGAGAUACGCGAAGUCCCGCAGUCGCCAGUUUUGGUCAACAAUGAUUCUGGACACAACAGGGAUAGCUGGAAGACUGCUCCCAGUUCACCAAAGGAAGACUUCAAAGUCAUGAUUGAUGCUAUUACCGAGGAACGCGAAAAUUCCACCAGCUACACAGGUAGCUCUAGCGAAUCUCCAAACACGUCUCGACAAGAUUAUAGCGAAAAGUUUGAUCAUGUCGAACACAAUUCGGAUAUAGACGGUAUUGACUGGAGACCUGGCUUUAAGCAUCAAUUUCCAUGGCUCGGCUUCGCGGGACUUAUGGUCAUCCUCGUGGCCACUGCCGGAGCUGUAAUCAUUCUGACUACGUCUAACGAAAAGCGAGUCAAUGACUGGCCUUUUACGAAAUUUACCGCCCAACCCAACGUACUACUCAACAUUGCGAACCAAGUUCAGAACCUGGGGCUGGUUACAUUGAUUGGUCAGGGGCUGGCUAUCGCAUGGUGGAGGACAGCCUUGCGCGGAAGCUCACUCCGGAAACUACAUCAGAAUCACGCGUAUUCUUACAGCUUCUAUGCGAUUAUCACUUCCGGCAGACACUUCAACAUUAUCGCUCUCGCCGCUCUUAUGACGAAGUUCGCCGUCAUCGACAGUACGCUAUUUCAAAAAGCGACAAAAACUAUCGUCACCCAGGAAAGUGACUACAUGAACCACACUAUGACUGGGUUUAUCGAGAAAGACUGGCCAGCGAAUUCUGGUGGUAUACCCGGAGGGGACGGCAAUAUCAAAACCGUCGAUAAGGCUUGGGCUAACGUACUGGAUGCGUACAACGGCAAGAUCGCAAAUGACUAUGGCUAUGAAAGACGAGAAUCAGAGCUACAGGGCAUACCUCCAUCGGACAACUCGUAUGCGCUGUGGGAUGUCAAGUUCAAUGCCUCGUGGCCAACGGAGACCAAACCAUACGCCAGCAUCGAUCUCGAGAUGCUGUACGUCGAUAGCAAAGCUGGAGAAGACGAGCACUCUUGUCCGGGUACUAUGACUAUCCGUAGGUGCGAGAUCAAGCCCGCCCUCGUUCAGUAUCCCGUCACUGUUAUGGUACCAAGCGAAGAAGAACUAAAAGGCAAAAACAUUGUCACACACAUCAAGUUCUCUAAUGAUUCUCUCCCCGACAACUGGGAGGUUGGUGAGAGUCUCGACGACAUUACGCAGAUCGACCAACUUGAAGUAAAGGAGACUAUCAAUCUCGAAGAGCAGUUCGGUAAACCCUCUACUAUCGGCGCUUUAACAUACAUCAUGAACAACCUCUAUGCAUCCUCAGCGAAUCUUACUUACAACAACGACACAUGGGAUAUUGUCGCUCGAGGCGCCUCGGCUCAGACUACCUUUUAUGCCCAAUCGGAUGAAACGCUCAAUCGUUGCUGGUAUAAUGUCAGCCAACCAGGUAAAGACGAUCCCGCCGUCGAGGUGUUGCGCAAACUCAACACCCUGAGCUUCGUGACAGCGUUGUACAUUACAGGCGCGCCUUUUUCCAACAAAAGCCUAGACGGCGACCUCGGGAUGGCCAACCAAACAAUCAUCGCAUCAGUCACCGGUAUCGUUGAGCAAUACAAAACCUCCUACGCCUACGUCGCCGGCGCCCUCGUAGCAACUUUCGUCACCGUUAUGCUCGUCCUACCCGUAUAUUGGGGCUUCUGGCAGCUCGGCCGCAAGGUCACUCUUGGUCCGCUUGAAAUAUCGCAAGCCUUUGGUGCGCCCAUCAUCGCGCCUGACAAGACAAAAGCAUAUCAUGGCGAUUUCGAUCAGGUACUUGAGGAUGUUGGGAAGAGGAAAGUGCAGUACGGCCAACUCAAACAUGCGCCGCCGGGACAGAUGGGCCUUGCAGAGCCAGAGAGGGUCGUGGUGCCGAAAGCGAGUCACCGAUGGCGAGUAAGUGGGCAGAGGGAGAAUAGGAGGAUCGGGCUUGGUGCUGCUAUUGGGGGUGUGGUGGCUGCUACUAUCGCUGGAAAUGCGAAGGGAUGA